GAUGAGAAUCACAGAUGCUUACAGCUAGCGCAAUGCAAUCCUAUUCAGAUAAAUAUGUCUUAGUUUGCCGACCUAAUGCGAACAGCCUGCUAUAUGUGAAAUUGAUAAGUUAACUGACCAUCGGCAUUGUUGGGUAAAUGUAUUUAUAUAAAAAUGGAGGAGCCCCCGAUUUCGAUACUUGAGCUAAAAGCCAUAAAGAAUGACGAAACAAAUCCGCUGUAGACUUCAGACAUGGGUAACAUAAAUCCGGCCAUGCUAAGUGCGCACAGCGCCAGCGACGAAGUCGUCUCCAGUGUCAGCAAAACGGACGCCAACAAUUUGGAAACGCAUCUGUCGAAUCAAGAGCUCAUUCGGCUGGUGGGCAAUCACUCCGUGCUGUACGAUAGUCGACAUCGGUGAUUCAACGGUGACGCCUUCAAGGCGCAACUGUGGCAGCAGAUUGCCAGCCAGCCCUCUCUGGAAAUGGCCAAAUGCCUGAGUACUUGGGCAAAGUUUCGCUACAAUUAUCAGCUGCAUGUGCGACGCUUGCGCAAGUAUCGUCGACAACCGCAGUCAACUCGUAUCAAUACACUGCCACGGCCCACCAUGGUGUACGAGGAGGAUCUGAUGUUUCUCGAUGUUUACAGUCAUGUGUCGCACCAUCGGCCACUGCGGAGCGAGCAAACCAGCGUGGCAGAGCUGUCGUCUGUGGAUGAUGAUGUGACCAUCGUGGCGCCACCCAUGGAUAUCAUAGACCUAGAUGAGGACAAUAACGACCAGUACAAGAUUAAUCCAGAUCAGUAGCGUCUCAUUGAGGCAGUGCGCGCCUAUCCCCAGCUGUAUGAUACACACCAUGUGCACUAUGCCAACAAAAGGCAUCGCGGCCUCAUUUGGAGUGCCAUCGCGAAUGAGCUGCAUGAGAAGGCGACUAAGUUAAUAAAGGUCUGGCUGCUGCUGCAGACGUACUUCGAGUGGGAGCUGAUGCAAAUGGACGAUAGCAAUUCUCACUUGAUGAAGGAGCUCAGCUUUCGCGGCGUCGUGAAUCUGAUCAAUGUACUGAAAAUUAUGCCCGAGCUGGACCAGAUCGUGAACGGUUAUGAAGGCAAGGCAUCUAAGUCGCAGCGCUAUCAUGCGCUCUGGCUGCGCGUCUCGACGCGGGUGAAUUGUGGCAUUCAGCGCCACCUGGCUGAUGCUGCGCAACUUUCAUCUGGAGCUGGUCGAGAUGCGUAAGGUUGGCUAUCAGCUGCAGGACAAAUGGUGCUCUCCAAUCGACAUGGUCGACGAGUUCAGAAGCGCACUGCCAUCAAACCUGGUGACAGCCCUCCGCCACCCAAAAAGAUCCUGACAGCCAAAUACAAUCAGCCCUUUGACAUUGACAGGGCGGGUAUCUCCACCACUAGCACCACCACCGCCGCUACCGCUGGCAAUUGUUUAUCCGCCUUCGCAUCGAGCAGCAAAUCUCGUUUCCAAUAUAUCCAUUGCCGGCAACAGUAAUACUCUGACCAUAGCAAGCUCCAUGACCAACAGCAGCAGCAGCAGCAACGCCAUUACUGCCAGCACCACUCAAUUUACCAUGUAAACCCAUUACGCAUUACGGCGGCCUUCAGCCUGGUGCCCAACCCAGCAUCACCAAUAUUAGUCUCAAGGGGUUAUCACUGCAGAUGCUGGCGACGGUGCAGUUGAGCAGUGGGCGACAGGUGCCACUCGGCCCUGGUCUCCAGGUGCUGAUGAAUACCAAAAAGAGCCCAGCAUAUAUUAAAUACAUUAAAUAGGCCUUUAAAUGGCCAUGUCUUCGUAAA